AUGAAAAGCUCUAUGGAACAAUUCGAUGCUCUAGAUGAAUUAGCAGAUUUUCCAGAAGAAUUAAAUGUCAAAGCUAUUUUAUAGAAGGUUAAGGCAUUUUUAGUCGUGAAACAGCUAAAAGAAGAUAGUUCGCCAAAUUUGGUCAUACCAAAUCUAUAUAUAGGGUGUUUAGGAACAGUAUUAAAUAAAAAAAAACUAUGUGAAUUUUAAAUAACCCACAUACUUAGUGUGUGUGAGAUGCCGAUAUUUCCGUACUAAACAGAAGAUUUUAAAUCUCUUCUCAUUAAUAUCAACGAUAGCGUAGAUUAGGAAAUCAAGUCAAAGUUCGAAAUGGCUAAUGAUUUCAUUCAUUCAGCUAUCCAAAAAAAUUCAAACGUACUAAUUCAUUGUUUUGCUGGUAAAUCUAGAUCUGCUUCCUUCGUUAUAGCUUAUUUAAUUAAAUAUCAACAAAUGACUCCACUAUAAGCCCUCAAACUCCUUCAAUCAAAGCGAAGAAUAGCCCAACCUAAUAUGGGCUUUAUGAAAUAGCUUGAUGCUUAUCAUAAAGAACUCUAUAGACAGCCACAGAUACAAAAUGAAUAAAAAGAAGUCGAAGUCUCUCCAGUAGAAAAAAAAGUCAAAUUAAAUCAAGAAGAAGAAGAAAUUUAAUAAUAAGGAGAUAAAUAGCUACUAAAUUCAUGA